GGAGACGGGAGCUAUAAAGGCAGCUGCCUCUUUGAGCCGUGGCUCCGAGCCCCACUGCCACUGAUCCCGAAAGAGAGUCAUCCUUGAGAGGAGAAACCAGACAAGAUGGUGCUGACCGCUGAGGACCGCAAACUGCUGACAGCCAUUUGGGGGAAGGUGUCUGGGCACCUGGAUGAGAUCGGCGGGGAUGCUCUCAACAGGAUGUUCAUGUGUUUCCCAUCGACUAAGACCUACUUCCCGCACUUCGACCUGAGCCCGGGCUCCAAGGACAUCCAAGUGCAUGGCCAGAAGGUGGCCAGAGCCCUGGACAUGGCCCUCCACCACCUGGACAACGUCCGUGGCACCCUGGCUGACCUCAGCGACCUCCACGCCUACAACUUGCGAGUCGACCCCGUCAACUUCAAGCUGCUGAUCAAGUGCUUCCACGUGGUUCUGGCCACUCACCUGCGCGGAGAGUACACCUGCUUGGCCCAUCGGGCUGUGGACAAGUUCUUAUUCGCGGUGGCCGAGAUCCUGGGCGAGAAGUACAGAUGAGCAGACAAAGGAGAAGACCCCCCUAUCUUUUCUUCAGAGACUCCCCUUCUUCUUCAUCUAGAAUUUCCCCUCCCCAGCAUUCGCAAUAAAAACAAGGCCUUUGCUGCCACCUGCCUAA